CGUGCGAAUUACCCGACCGGAUGCCCGGAGAAGGUGAAGUUAGCAGACGAUAGUCUCAAAAGAGAGCAGACGACGGAUCAUUGUGCAGAAAUCUGUGAAGUCAGCAGAAGACAUAAUCGAAAAAGCAGACUUUGAAGCUUUGGCGAAAGACAUCGAAUUAGCAAAUGACGUGCUAUAAGUAUUUAUUGGGAUGAUUACAAUUUUAAUCCGGAAAGAAGAAGAUCCCGUGGAAUUUCAUCGCAUGACUGUGGCGCCCUGUGCGGUGGCGAGUGACUCUAUUUUGCCGAGCGAUGUGGCGGACUGGUAGUCAACUGGGAUUUGUUAAUUGACUGAUUGAUGAUGGGGGAACCCAUGUCGGUCGUCUGGAGAGUGCUGUCCAGGCGGAAGACGUCUCUGUCUCCCGAGGACGACGCCGGAGAGAAGUCGUCGACCCUCUCGGUCGUUGACGUCACCUGUUUAGGAGUGGCAGUGAGCCUUGGAACGGGUGUCUACGUCCUCCUCCCCCAUGUGGCGCGCGAGGAAGCCGGACCGGCCGUGGUCCUGUCCUUCCUGGUGGCGGCCGUAGCAUCAUGCCUUGCCGGCCUGUGCUACUCCGAACUUUCCACUCGGUUUCCAAGCGGAGGAUCAGCGUACAUGUACGCCUAUGCGACGGCUGGCGAGCUCAUUGCCUUUCUUGUGGGCUGGGCGAUGGUGCUGGAGUACGGACUCGCCACCUGCCUCUCCGCCAAGGCGUGCAGUCGCUAUUUGGCGGCCUUAUAUUACAACGCCCUUCAUGCCUACCGCAAGGGGUCACCUCUGAGUCCUCCAGAUCGACUUUUGUUUCAAGAUUCUUUAUCCAACUACCAAGUGCCCGGGUUCGACCCAUGCCCCGAUCUCGUGGCAGCUGUCACUCCCCUGAUUAUUUGCGCCGUGCUUAUCGCGAAGCCUAAGGCCUUCGUUCUAUUCUUAAAUACCUCCGCUAUCGUCAACAUCUUUGUGCUGGUGGCGCUGCUGUUGACGGGAUUCUUCAAGAUGGACGCCGAUAACUGGACAGCCGGUUCCGGAUUCUUCUCAAAUGGAAUCGUCGGGGUAUUCAACGGAGCAGCCACAUGCACGUUUGCAUUCCUGGGCUACGACCUCAUUGCCCAGAUAUCUAAAGAAACUCCGGACCGAUCGCGGGUCGUUCCAUCAGCCGUCAGCUUGGUCUUCCUGCUGAGCCUGCUGGGUUGCUUCAGCAGCUCUGUCGCCGUCACCCUCCUUGCUCCUCACUCCCUGCUUUCUGGUUCUGCGCCCCUUCUACAAGCCCCUCUGAGCCGAGACCUCCCUGGACUCGUCUGGGUGCUCGGCAUCGGAGCGUUAUGUGGCCUUGCUUCUGCAGUUGCAGCUUCAAUACGAGGUCUUUCAUCACUCCUUUCUUCACUGUCUUCUGACGGCCUCCUCUGCGGUCUCACCAGAGGGCCAGGUCGUGCCUCCGUAACCGCAAGUCUAGUAGUAGCCAUGUGCGCGUUAUUCGUCCAUCCCAACACUCUUCUAGCAAUCUUAGGACUUGGCACCAUUGUGUCCCUCAUGGCGGCAGCGGCAUCGGUGCUCGCACUGCGCUAUGGUCUCAUAGACAACCUCCCGGUGGAGCUGGGGGACAUAAGCAGGGACUCAAGUGCGACGCUGACGAGGGUACUCGAAGGUACGACGCCCGACGACGGCUACGGGUCGUUUCAGCGGAGGACAUGGUCUGUAGAACUGGUUAAUCAAAGCUUCGUGACGUCACUCGGUGGAGGCAAACAAUGCCCUCCCAACAGAACUUCAGCCAAUCGGACAGCGGUGUUGGUGUGCGCGAUGGUGGCGCUUAUGUUCCUGAUGGGUGUCCUGACGGUGCAUGUUCCGCGGCUGGUGAGUGGUGUGGGGCGUUGGUGGCUGGAGGUCCUGGCGACUGCGGCGUUUCUAGCUGUGCUCGUGCUCUCUGCGGCGGUGGUGAGGCAACCACGCCAUGACGCUCAUACGGGUGGUCGCAACGCGGUGCCCUGUGUGCCUCUGCUACCUCUGUGCGCGCUGUGGAUGGACGUGCAUCUGUGUGUUUGUCUUCCUUACACCGCUUGGCUGGCAUUUCUCGUCUGGCAACUCCUAGGUGUGGUGGUCUACAUGUCCUACGGAGUAUGGCACAGUUCCGAAAGGCAUAACGAAGACCGCGAAUGCUCCCUCCUCGAGAACAUGACCGGAAACGGAGAUGACCUCUCUGAUGACGUCGCACCCCUCACAGAGCAGCGGGAGGUCCUCGUGGAAACCUUCUGAA